UGAAAUGACUUAACGAUGAAGGCAAUCAGUCACAUGGGCACAAGUCGAGUCGACUUGGAUGCAGUUGCUAUGGCUUGUGUCAAAUUAUUGCUACUCUUCAUCAUGGCAUGGGUCACGCUCCAGUGCUGCCCAGGCGGAAUCCGUAACUUGACUAGCGCUGUCCCAAUUGCGAGCCCAGGACCAUCGACUUCUUCCGGUUCAACUAGCAGCCCAGGAGGUCGAUUGGUCAGGACUAAAUAUGGGAGCCUACGAGGAUUCACGAUCCCAGGUAGCUCUGCUCAACCACAACCAACAACAUCAACUUCUUCACCAGCAGGAGGAAAUUACCGUAAAUUCGCUGGCGUUAAUACCCCUACGACGACAACUGGAAGCAACACGAAUAAUAACGUGGAGGCGUUUUUGGGCAUUCCUUAUGCUGCAGCGCCGGUUGGUUCGUUACGUUAUUUACCGCCUGCAAGCCCAGGUCCUUGGGGUCCGGCUGUUCGUCCUGCUCAUUCCCUACCACCGGCCUGUCCGCAGCAAAUGCCUCCUUUAUCCAACAGGACGGCCAGUUUGGAGACGAUGCCACGAGCACGCUACUAUCAACUCAAGAGGAUGCAGCUGAUGUUGGCCAACCAGAGCGAAGAUUGUCUCUUCCUCAACAUCUACGCACCUUCCGAAGGAUUUAGUGGAUCGGGGUCGCCGUUCACGUCAUUGGCUGUCGUCGUGUUGAUUCACGGCGAGUCUUACUCGUGGGGUGCUGGACAUUUAAUGGACGGUGGAAUGUUGGCCGCUAAAAGUCGAAUGGUCGUCGUCACGCUCAACUAUCGUCUCGGCAUUCUAGGAUUCCUGCAGACGGCCGCCAGUCCGACACCUGGGCAAACGCGCGGCAAAAGCAAACACGCCAUUCCCACGCAAGGCAAUUACGGUUUAUUGGAUAUCAUGGCGGCGCUAGUGUGGCUGAAAGAUAAUGUCGGCAAUUUUGGAGGUGAUUCUAAUCGAAUUACGUUAAGCGGCCAUGGAACAGGAGCCGCAUUAGUGAAUCUUCUGAUGAUUUCGCCCUUAGCUGCCGGAUUGUUUCAUCGUGCCGUGCUGAUGUCCGGCUCGGCGUUGAGUCCGUGGGCGUUGAAUCAUCAGGCCGGAUGGUUGAAAGCGGAGGUGGGCCGCCAGCUGAACUGCGGCCCGGAGCACAGCGCCAAGGAGGCGAAAGAAAUGAAUUGGAUGAUGGCCGACAUUGGCGAUUGUCUGAGAAAACGUUCGCUGGAGUCUCUGCUGGCCGUCCGUCUGCCGCCAACUCCGCGGUUCUGUACGACGUUCGCACCUUUCGUCGACGGAGCCGGAAUCGUGUCCGUCGAUCCGCUUCACGCUAUGCAAUCAUCCAGCCAAGACUUUGUGCGCAUUCCGCUUGUUGCCGGAGUGACAUCUAUCGAAAGUUAUCGUCAUACUGGAGACGCGGAUCUGCGUGAUGGAAUCAGCGAACAACGUCGAGAUCGGACAUUGCGAACGUUAAUCCGCAAUUUCUAUCAAUAUCAUCUCAACGAAAUCUAUUACGUCUUGAGGAACGAGUACACGGACUGGGAUCGUCCGUCCGCGCUGGACGCGCUGUCGAUGAGAGACAGCCUUUCAUUGGCUCUUAGCGAUGCUCUGGUGGUAGCGCCGCUGAUGCACGUCGUCCAUCUACACGCCCAAAGGUCGGCCAAUCCUUCUGGCACUUUUUUCUAUCACUACCAAGGCCAGCAACAACAGACGACCGUGCCCGUCUCGCAACACGGCCAGCAGCUCAACGAUGCCGAUCUGUCGGAAUAUCACCGUCUAGGAAGUGUGACGGGUGAUGAGCUGGAAGCGUUGGAACUGGAUGCCACAGCAAAUGGAGCCCCGCUGCAUUGGUCAGAGGACGGCCACCACGACGAUGCGUCCGGAUACGUCAACGACACGCUUUAUCACAACGAUCCAGCCACCGCAUCGCAGUUCCUUCCGUUCCUGACAGCCUUCGCCAGCACUGGGGACCCUAAUUUGGAGAUUGGAGGCAAAGGGGAACUCGUUCCCAGAUCGAAAUUGCGUUGGGAACCGUUCAACCUGCACUCGCAGUAUUACAUGGUCUUUGGAGGACAACAACAACAACACGCCCAUCUGAAGAGCCACUACCGAGGCCACCACAUCGCCGUCUGGCUCCAACUCAUCCCGCAGUUGCAUCAGCCGGCAAUCGAAUUAACUGGAACUUACUCCGCUUCGUCCGGGCAUCACCUAUUCGAUCAAAAAAACACGCCCGUCGACCAGUUCUACGAAGGAGUCGUCCGCCAGCAACACUUAUUCGUCAACAAUGGGAAUGUGACGACCGGCUGGCCCUCGCCGGGCAAAGCGCCAACGACCAUCGACAGGGCAAUAGCCGUUGAGUGUAGCAGUUUGGGCAGCUUUCAACAAUCCACUUCGAAUCAAGUGAAUGGCAAUCAAACGCUGAAUGGCACCAGUUCGUCAGGUGUGGCCGGUGACUGGGCCUUGGUGAAUCCCAACGUCAUGGCGUCGGAGACGGGCAGCAACAACAUCACGACAGGCAGCCCUGCGGUCAGUGGUACCGGACUCACGCUGGGCUUCUUGUGGACCAACGAAACAGCAUUGUGCAUCACCUUGGUGCUGGGCACAUUUUUUCUGGCAGCCAAUCUGAUCCUGUUUGCAGCUAUUUAUCGACGUCGUGUAGCCUGCGGCAAACGGGACGGCCAUCGUCAAGACGACAGUCCUAGUCUCCAAGCCACGAGAGCAGAGGCGGUACCACUCUCGUACUUCCAGUCUGUGGAUGCGGGACUCGACCAAAAUCAGUCGGAACUUGGCAUCGCGGUCCUUGCGAUUGCGCUCCAAGUGUUUGCGGAUGGCCACAGCCUUCUUGAUCAAGAAGUAGAGGUCUUCUGGCAGCUCGGGAGCGAGGCCUUUCUUCUUCAGGAUACGCAACACUUUGUUGCCGGUAACGAAACGCACCUGAGCAACUCCGUGAGAGUCUCGGAGAAAGCAAAAAUGGACGCAACAGUGCUGCGGUCAAAGGUACCGCCAACACCAAAAGACAACAGCCUUGUCAAAAUUGCUGUUGAAAUGGCAGGCAAACCACCUCAGUUGAUUGAAUUCAAUCAGAAACAACCUUUAGCUACAAUCAUUCAAGACCUCUGUAACUAUUGGAAUCUGACAGAUGCUGAGAUUUACGCAUUACGCUUCAACACGGAAACGACUCGAGCUUUUGUCAGUGAAAAAAAUCGCUUGGAAGUGAAAAACGGUUAUGUUUUGCAGUUGGGUUUCUCUCCUGGAAAAAUCAUGCAGAGCAUCUUAGAUCAGCUUUCUCCACAAUCGUCUCAUGAAGACAAAUUGAAGGCUAUCCAUGAGCUAGCUGGCUAUGCCACUGAUCCCACUUUCACUGCCGAAUUCACUGAGAAACUAGGCAUGAAAACGCUUAUUGGUUAUGUUGAAAACAUGGAGAGCGGCAAAUUAUCCGACCAGAUUACAGUUCACCUCCUACCAGCAUUCGUCGACUUGAUGGAUCACGGUCUUACGCAAUGGGAUGUGUUAGAAGCGACAUUCAUCAAGCGAAUAGCUUCCUUCAUCAACAACCAAUCAAGCGCACAGGAUCCACGUACGUUACAAGCCGCACUGUCUAUUCUAGAGAGUCUUGUGCAAAAUUCUACUACCAAGUACGCCUUAGUCGAGAAAGAGCUGACAAUCCCCAACUUGGCUAUGCACUUGCAAAACACUUCAUCGGCCAUUCAACAAAACACUUUGGCGUUGAUCAACGCCCUCUUUCUAAAAGCCGAUGACUCCAAACGUACUGCCAUGAGCAAAACCCUCAAUGCUCGCCAGAUUCGUAAUAUUAUUGUCAUGAGUAUUAUUCAAGUGCCUGGAGUGGCGAGUGGAAACGAGAUAGCUCAUCAGCUACACGUGCUCCAAACAUUGAUGCUAAACGUGCUAGAAGAGCCGAUGAACCGCUCCAUCGAACCUGGGGAUGUGGAAGCUCAAGAGAAAAUCAAAGAACUCCGCCGGAUCGCCUUUGACAAUGACGGUAGCGAUUCAAUCACUCCCGUCAAGGAUGUAGCCACCCGCAAACAGAUCAUUCCGAGGGACUUUCGCAAAUUGGGUUUCAAGAACGAUGCUACACCCCUUAAUGAUUUUGCUCAGGUUCCACCAGGUGCUUUGGCUCUUGAUGCUAUGCUUUAUUUUGCCAGUUAUCACCCGGAAAAAUAUUCCAGGGUUGUGCUCGAAAAUUCGGGACGAGGAGAUGAAUAUGACUGUCCAUUUGCCCGAGCAGCCAUUGAACUCACAAAAUUAUUGUGCGAAAUUCUCAAGAUUGGAGAGCCCCCGACCGAACAAGGAACGUUAUUUCACCCCAUGUUCUUCAAUCACGAUCAUCCUUUUGAAGAACUCUUUUGCAUUUGCAUUGUGGUGGUGAACAAAACAUGGAAAGAGAUGCGGGCGACGGUGGAAGAUUUCGCCAAAGUCUUUUCGGUCGUUCGCGAACAAAUCACUCGUGUUCUGGCCGGUCGUCCGCUCACGCAGGAAAUAUUCAAGGAGAGAAUAGCUGCGCUUACCUACGCUGAAAUUACUGACCUUUGGCAACAGGAGCGUACCAGUCGCGAAAAGUGGGAGUCGAGAUCGCGACCCAUCAUGGAAUUGCGGCAACAGAUCGAACCCGAAAUAAUCGAACUCAUCCAACAACAACGACUUGGCUUCCUUACAGAAGGGACGCGUUUCAGCAAAUAUACCAACCGAGGGAGAGUUAAAGACAAAUUUUGGUACGUUCGUUUAUCGCCUAAUCACCGUGUCCUGCACUAUGGCGAUUGCGAUGAAAAGAGUGUUCCAGCGCUAGAUGAGCUGACGGACAAAUUACCUAUUGUCGACAUCCGCACGCUUGUCACCGGCAAAGACUGCCCACAUAUGAAGGAUCUAAAGGGGAAGAAGACGACGUCACAGUUUCCUUUUUCGUUGAUGCUCGAUUCGAAUGACGUUGGAUCGCUCGAUUUCGUGGCACCCGAUCAACAAACAUUCGACUAUUGGGUUGACGGAAUAAAUGCCCUGCUAGGCAAUAAAAUGACUAGCAAAGAGGCUAUGGCCGAUUUGGAGUUUCUACUUUCGAUGAACACAAAACUCAGACUUCUCGAUGUUGAAGGCUUAGAUUUGCCCGAAGAGCCGCCAGCGAUACCCCGCGAACCAACCAAUUACGAUUUUGCCGUUGAAAUUAAGUAGAGCUUAUUUGCACGCGUAUAUAUUUUGCGGGAACAAGAAUUUGACACACUGAUAUACCUAGUCGUUCAACGAGGAAAAAACAAAACCCGUGUCUUCCCAUUUCUAGUACCUUUCUCCUUUACAGAUCGUGUUACUAAAGAUCUCGAUUGCUUUUGAAAUAACACCGUUUACCUCACUGAAAAAGAAAUAUCAAUUAUGAGGCAAGAAGACAACUCCCAAAGUAUCAAACAUCCCGAUAGGAAUCGUAAUAUUGCAAUUGACGAAUUGAAAUUUUUAUGAGAUGAGUCAUACAAUAGACAUUUUUUUUUUUCGAA